AUGAAACCAUUUGUGACGGCGACAUCAUCAUCAGUACAUCGAAUACAAGUACCUCUGUUUGUUAGUAAAAAUUACAAGGCUUAUAAUCAGGAUCUAAUACUGAAGAUGAAAUGGACUUGUGAGCUAUGUGGUAAAAAGCUUUCAUCGAAACGUUCGUAUGAUGAGCAUUUCAACGUACAUACCAAUUUGCGACCAUUCGCUUGCAAACAUUGCGGAUAUGCUGCAGCUAGCCAGAUGACUUUGAGACGGCAUACUUUGCGAAAUCACAUUCCACGUCAAGCAUGGGGCUAUCAGUGUCCAUAUUGUAACGAAAUGUACAUGGAACCCGCAAGUUAUCAACAACACGUUGGAUCGUAUCAUUUUGGGCUUUCAGCAACGUUUGGUUGUCCACUGCGGAGAUGUACAUUUUCAACUUGCUCAUCGGCCUUUUUCCGUGAUCAUCUAGAAAAGCACUCUAAUUUAUCAUCUGAUAUCCACGAAGAGGCUAAUUAUAGACUGUUUAGAUUUGCUGUAGAUGAUAGAUUUGGUGUUGGUUAUGGCCGAAGGUCAAUUAGCAUUCGACGAAUGGAGGUUUUGCAAGGACUAGAAUCGUUAAGAAAUGAUAAGGAUUACAUGAAAAAUUCUCUUAAAAUACAUGAGGUCAGAAAAAAUGACGAAGGAAAAAAAAGUAAAGUAAAACCGAUUGUUAUGAUUAAAGGAUCUCAUUCUCAUGCCCUUUUUGAACCAGGAGAAUUUGAUUUUCUGAAUGAUAACAUAAGUUUUCCUGAAGCUGUCAUCAGCAAUUUUGUCGAUUGCCUUCAAGAAGGCAUGAUUGAACCAGACCUUGAUUAA